AUGGCCACCGGCAACGGCAUAUUGACCCCUCCGUCCCUCGACUCGUCCGCCUCAGCCACGUCAGCGACAAAGCGGAAACGGUCCACCAGCACAGCUACAAAUCACUCCGCCGUGGCGUCUGCUGAACACGCAGGAAGCUCUCUGGACGGCUUGGAGAAGGGACUGCAAGAAACGCUGGAAGAUGUCUUUGCCGUACUUAAGAGCUACGAUACCCAACCGUCUAUUCUUAACCUUCCUCUCAAGGCGACGUCAGACAGAUCCUCUUCUGGCGAGCCAUCCGUGAAGCGCACCAAGUUGACGCCAUCGGACAGUCCCACGUCUAUCACAAGUCGCCUGCGAGAUGGGACGUACAACUCCCUAGCAGAUUUGGCCAGCGAUGUUGAGCUUGCAGCCUCAGAUAUUAUUUCGACCAUCACGCCUGCAGAACCUGCUACGAACGGCGCUGUUCAGCGACACGCACCCUCACCCGAGGAAACUAGGCUAUAUGCUGGAGUUCUAGCCUUCCAGAAAGUCCUGAGAAAUAUCGUUACCCGUGAGAACCAACGAAGGACUCUGGCUCUGAAAGAUUCGAAAACGCCCACCGAGAAUGGAGCCCCUGUUGGUAAAGAUGCUGUGUCCUUGGAAGAUAUACACGACAGCCGAACUGUUCUGACUCUGUAUGGAACCGCCCAGGGUCCCAAGCAGCUGUUCUCCAGUCUCCAGCAACCGCUGCGAGUCCAGUCCGCCGACAGUCCUGCUCCUUAUAAGGCCCUGGACACCUCCGUCGAAGUCACGAUGCCCCUCGCCGAAGCAGGGCUUCCCAACAUCAUCUCCACCACUAAAAUAUUCCCCGUGGACGUAGUGGAGCAGCUGAAUUCAAAGAAGACCGGUCCAACAUUUGGUGAACUUUUUGCUCCUCCGCCGCACGUACCGCAAUUAAGUCCGCCGAAGACAGCCAAGCAAUUGACCACCCGUGGUAAUACCAUUCGAUUUGUGUCUCAGGAUCAGCUGCCCAAGGUCAACCGCAAAAUACCCAUGUACUCCACUCAGCCACUCUCAACAGGUCAAUCUCUCGGUUACAGCGGCGUGGAGCCGCCAAAGGAACCCACUUCGCCCAAUGCAAAGGCGAAAAGCCGACAGCGUGCCCUGAGCACAGGGGAAGCCCAACAGCCUCCUUCCGAGAGUAUUGUGGCUGCCGCAGAGCGAGCGAAAGACGAUGCCCUAUUUCGAAGUGCGUAUUCCAGCUUUGCACCCUGCCGCGACGAUGCAGCUGCGAUCAUUCCGGAAGAAACCAGGAACCGAAUCUGGUGGCAAAAGGUGGGCGAGAAGAGAUUCGAAGAGACUUUUGCCAUCGAUCCUAGUUUAAUAGACCCGAGCCUUUUGGCCUCUACGGGAGCUGCUGAAUCCGCAAGCGUUGGCGCCGACGAGGACGAGACCUUCAAAGACGCCGUUGAAAACUUUAUCCCCGACGAAACCGAUUUCCUAGCUGAAGCGCAUGCUAAAGCUCAGCUCGACAAAGAUACCGAUGAAAUAUUAGCGGAGAUCUCGGAACUUCUCGAGACUUUGGCAUCUCACCAGCAAAUCAGAAACUCGUCACUAGCCACGAGGCCACAAACACCCGUUAUACCGAACUCCUCGCUUGCGUCUCUAGUUGGCAGUCCAACCAGUCCGGGAAGUGACGAAAUUGAUGUUUAUAAUAUUCUGAAGUCCCAGCUCACUCUCAUGAUAUCGAGUCUGCCUCCAUAUGCAGUUGCUAAGCUGAAUGGCGACCGGCUCUCUGAGCUGAGCAUCAGUCGGGACAUCUUGAUUGAGAGCAAAGACUACCGCGGUGUGAUGGAAGAAGACCAGGUCUCUCGGGUGGCGAAAGCAACUGCGUUGAGUGCCGCUGCAGGACCCCCUCCUAUUGUUCGAAUGGGAUCAGGGUCAAUGGGGACGCAUUCUCAUUACGCUCCCACCAGCACUCAGUAUGUGCGUCCACCCCCGCCGCAAUCGCCUGCGCCUAGGUCUGCUCAUGGGCCACAAUCCUACUAUCCCCAGCAGCAAGCCCCGCAUCGCUCGCCGUCCGUUCACUACCCGCGGUCGUCGAACGCGCCUGUUCAGUCAUACCAAACGCCAGGUGCCUACGCCAGUAGUACUCCACGGCCCAGUUAUCCUGCGACACAAGCAUACGGCCAGCAAACUCCACGACCUGCCUACCAAGCGAACGGUUCCAGCCAGUACUACCAACAGCGAUCUGCGCAGCCCAGUAAUUAUGGCAUGGGCGGUUCUCAAUACUACCAACCCCCGCAACCGCAGCCUCAGACCCGAUAUCCGCCCCAAGCCCAGAACUCUUACCAACAACGACCACCGGCUGUCGCUCCCAUGUACAACAACUAUGGUUCAUCGCAGAGUCCUCACAUCCGAACGGCUUCCCCUCUGAAGGCUGGGCAGCAGCCGGCAAGGCCUGCGCCAACUCCAUACAACGGCUCUCGGUCGGGCUAUGGAACUCCGACAAGUAACGGACAAAUGGGUGGGCCUAGUUACUUCAGUCAACCAGCAUCUCAGCCCCCUGCCCAAUACUCCACACCUCAGCCAGCAACACCUGCUAACUUGGGGCCCAGCGGAUUCCACUCCACCAUGACCGCAGAGCAGCAGCAAUUGAUGAUGGACCGGAAUAGGGCGCAGCUUGCAGCGCAGCCUGCAGCGCGUGUCGCGGCGCAGGAAGUGGUGAACAGGCAAGGCUCAGGAACCCCGCAGCCGGCCAACGGGCAGUAUCCGGGUCAGCAGCAGCAGGUUAAUGGGAUACCCAUGGCGACAUAG